AAUGGUAAUGAAUAUCACAAUUAAUCAUGGUAGGGAGUCGACGCAUAUAAGAAGACAAGAGUAUAAAGAAAUGUUGGAAGAAAAGUAACAUCAACAAACCUCUAUUUGAAAUUAUUAAUCAAGGUAAAAAUUAUGGAAUUAACCAUAGUUAUAUAAAUUCUUAGCUAGAAGAACAGAUUCAAAUUUCAAUGCUACAAUUUUAAGAAGACUUUAAUAAACUAGAACUGCCAGAUAUCCAAUUAGUGUAAGCAGACUUGUGAAAUAAAUUAAUACUGCUAAGGAUAAGACAAGAACAUUGGUUGUUGUUGGUACUGUUACAGAUGAGUAAGAAAAUAUAUCAUGCAUUUAGUGUACGUUUACUCACUGUUCCUAAGAUUAAUGUUUGUGCUCUUAGAUUCACUGAGACAGCUAGAAAGAGAAUUCUUGCAGCUGGUGGAAAAACAUUGACAUUCGAUCAAUUAGCAUAAUAAAAUCCAACAGGUAUGAUUAUACAUUAAUUAUUUCAAAGGCACAGGAACAAUAUUAUUGAGAGGACCAAGAGUGAGAGAAGAAUUAAAGCAUUUCGGCAGAGCUGCUGGUUUACCAGGAUCUCAUGCUAAACCAUAUGUUAGUCACACUGCAAGAAGAGGAAAAGGUGCAAGAUGAUU